UGUAGCGCGCUCGCUCGCACCGCGCACUAAUGUUUAUAAACUUCCAAUCAAACUUAAAUAACUCUUGUGGUGUUUCGUAAUUCCUGAACACUAAGCAGUGAUUUUUCAGUGAUCUUUAAUUUUGUUUUUUUUUUGGUCCAUCGGAUAUUAGCAGCCGGAAGUUUUAAAAAGGAUUCAACAACGACCUAUCAUCGACGUGAUAUGACCGAAAACGAAAAUGUCUACCGAUGAAGGCUCCGGAAACAUCACGCAAACCUUGUCGAGCUUGUUUGAAGAAAUGUUAUUGGCUCCACAAGUUAAUGAGAACAAAAGUAGCGACUUCAGUCAAUUUCUGUCAGUCCUCAAAGAGCAGUCAACACGCAGCGUUGGCCAUGAACCUUUAGAUUUCGGAACACUAGUGAAGAUAGUGGACGGGUGGAGAAAUAAGUUGAACUUGACCAAGCCUACUGAAGCGGUGUGUAAUUACUGCGAUGGAAACUUCCGUGACGUCAUCCUAGCCUACAACAGUAUCCACGGGUACAUCAGCCUUAUCGUAUGUUUCUUCGGCAGCCUGGCGAACGCCCUGAACGUGGCCGUGUUGACGCGGCGCGACCUGGCCGCGGCGCCCAUCAACCGGCUGCUCAAGUGGCUCGCCGUCGCCGACGUCUUCGUCAUGCUCGAGUACGUGCCCUUCGCCAUCUACAGGUAUCUGAUAUUGCCUGGUCAGCGUGAGAUGCCGUACCGAUGGGCAGCCUACCUGCUAUUCCACAUGCACUUCGCGCAGAUCUUCCACACAGCAUCCAUCUGCCUCACGUUGUCUCUGGCCGUAUGGAGAUACGUCGCUAUCAAAUACUCCGACAGAAACCACAUCUUGUGCACGGAACGGCGGUGUAGCACCGCCAUACUGAGCAGUUUCAUCUUACCCCCUAUUCUAUGCAUUCCUACGUUUAUGGUAUUCGACAUCCAUACGGCAGUUGUUCUAGAACCAUCUGGUCCAAUGAUCCUGUACCAUGUUGACGCAGACCAAGAGGGUCAGCUGUACCAGAUCAACUUCUGGGUCCACGCCGUUGUUAUCAAGCUCCUACCCUGCUGCAUACUGACUGUAAUCAGUCUGUGGCUAAUCCGAGAAGUGUACAGCGCCAAUCAGCAUCAGAAGAAGAUAAGGGUGUACAACGCUUGCCCGACAAACAACAAAGCGAUCAAGCGCCAAUGCAAGGCGGACAAGAGGACGAAUAGAACAACCAUGAUGUUGGUUGCAGUACUUCUUUUGUUCUUGGUGACGGAACUACCGCAGGGGAUUAUGGGGCUGAUGAGCGGUGUCCUCGGGCGAUGCUUCUUCAAACGCUGCUACGAUCUGUUCGGGGAGCUGAUGGAUGCUCUGGCCCUGCUGAACGGAGCCAUCAACUUCGUGCUCUACUGCUCCAUGUCGCGUCAGUUCCGCAUGACCUUCGGUCAGCUGAUGUGGCGGGGUCACCUGUACCGGUGGCCCCCUCCAACAGCUUCCCACUCCGAUGGGCAAAACACGGCAAAGUCUUCGAUCCCGUGAGGAAGGCUCGUACAAGAGAAACAUGCUAAUAUUUUACAGCAGUUUCUGUAAAUAAAAGCACAUAGACUAUUAUUAUACGAUUUAGUGUAUUGUUGACGUCAUCGACUUAUUAAGGCAAUUUGCGAAAUAAAAAUGUCCCUUCAUUUCGGAUUUUGCCUUUUACGAGAAGCACAAACAGUUUUGCGUGUAAGUGUGUAUGUCUGUGUGUGAGUAGAACAGUCUAAAUCUACAGCUUUCACGGCGUACGCUCGCCGGUCCCAUCCAGCUUAAGCCUCGUCUUAAAAAUAAGCCAUGGGUACAAAUCCACGAGGUCUAAAUGCCCGGACGUUAUAGCGCCGGCGGUCGUUUAUGUCAAUUUUGUAAUUUACGCUAUAAACAUACUAUACCAUGUCCAGUGUUACCUCCAUGAUCCAGUGGUUGAGCGUUCGAAUAGCGAUCCGAAGGUCCCAAGUUCGAAUCCCAGUGGGGAUAUCACAAAAAUCACUCUGUGAUUACUAGUUUGAUUAAAACAGGCUGAUCACCCGAUUGUCCGAUAGUAAGGUUAAGCCGUUGUCCUCGGUUACUACUUACUUAGUGAUGUAGGUAAGUACGUAAGUAGUCGUUACAUGGGUCAUGUCAGGGACCUAGCGGCUUAAUAAUAACCCAGGGUUGAUUACGUUGGUCAUCCACCUUACAACCCACACGAUAGAAAAAACGCUAUCAUUAAACAAGUUACUAUGUCUUAAUAAAAAAAUAUUUUUGUUAUUUUCGUGUGUACGAAGCAGGCUGUAACAAACAACAGUAUAUGGCGUAUGAAAAAUAAGUAUAAGUAUAUUAUUAUCAUAUACGAUGUAAUAUUGAUGUUGAUAUUAGCAGAAAGUAAACAUUUUUAAUCAUAUUUAAAUAAUUAGUUUAAUAUCAAUGUGCAAGGAGUGACUGAUAUAUUGACGGGAUUCUAAUAUCAAACAGAAAGUAGGUCCCUAAGCCUAAUUUAACAUAAGUUCAUGACUAUUAUUAUCCCAAUUGGACUAAUCAGAGGUACCCGGUCCCUGUAUAGGAAACAAACCUACUACAGGACCACAGUACUAUCAUUUUAUUUGUAUUUUAAAAUGACCAUCUUUAUGUUGUUAACACUAGGUGUCCAAUUAAUACGCAGUAUUCGUUAAGUAGUUUGAAUAUUGGUGUAAAAAAUAUAGUGUAUAUUUUUGUAAUGUUACAAAAUGAUGUGUAAAAUAUAGAUAGAUAGGUAAUUAUUGUCUUCAGAAAGUUAUAUUAAAUGCUUGCUAUCUGUGGAUGUGUAAAUACGUACCUACUUAAAGUCGUCACUUACAUUUGAAGUAUUUUAUACUAUAUUUUAUUAUAUAUAUUUUUUCUAUUCUACUGGUAUAAAAUGUCGUACGAUAAAAUUGAUUCGAAAUUGUGUAUAAAUGUUUAAGAAACUUAAUUUCUUUGCGAUAACUUUUGCUUUCAUUACUUAAAGAACUUUUAUACUUACCAAAAAUUUGAACUUUGAAUGAUUCUAAUGUUGUUUUGUGAUAUUGUUAAUCUCAUAUUUCUUUCAUAGACUGUGUAUUACAUUAAACUUUACUACACGUGUAACUGUACUUAUCUUAAGCUAUUACUUAAAUAUAAUUUAAGAACCAGAUCAAUGUUUCUCUUGUACGUGAGUUAUAUCGCAUUUCUAGUCUUAAGUAAGUCAAUCCCAAAGAAACGGCUCAUAAUAAU